ACCACAGAGCAGAAGGAGAGAGACUAAUCCAACCACCCCCUAAUUUAUUCCAGCGCAUAUGCGUUUAAUUUUCAUAAUACAUAGAAUUGUCAUACCCUAGAACUCAGUCUUGCAUAAUCUUUGACUGAAUGUAGUGGUCUAUAGAGUUCAAAAUUAUUUAUAAAAUGGAAUUGUCCACAAAACUCAAAUUAGGACUGAUUUAUUUAAUAACCGGAAUAAUUCUUGCUAUUCCAUUCAUCCUGUUUGAUUUUUCGCAAGAAAGUUGUGCCGCUAAUUUAUCUGCAAAUAAGGACAAAGAAAGUAAAGGAAACUUCAAUCAUAACUUUUCUCAAAGUGACAUCACUCAAAAAUUAUUUGAGAUUAUUGACAAGUUGCAAAAUGGCGUGAUUACCUAUACCGACGAUGACGGUAUGGUUGAAGAGGAUGUUAACAACGCUAACAACACCAACGACGCGUGGCAUCAAAAUACAUCCUCCUCAACAACUAGCAAUGACCAUUGUGAAUUGAGCGACAUUGAGAAAUAUUCGCCACUUUUGUUUAGCGAAGAACAAGUGCGACGAAAUGUUAAUGACUGGCUUCUCAAAAAUGGAAAGGACUCUCUCUACAACCGCGUCCGUCUCACCCGAAUCGGAUGGGCAAAUGAUUGGGUCCAACUUUUUAGCGCCACGCUGGUCUUUUUAACAUACGCGACGCUGUGGGAGGGUCACUCGUUUCAUGCCUGGGCCCAAUUUUACUUCGUCUCCCUGGAAUUGCUGCAGCGGUCUGUGAAUAUCCUGCAAACAACGGCAUUCCACUGGGACUACGCGUCAGUUUUACUCAGUCAUUAUGAUCCACAUUAUUUGCAGUAUUGUUCACUUGUUGAUUUGUUCUGUUACUAUGUUCCUCUGUCGCAGUUGUUCUGCUUGACUGCUCUGAUAUACCAUGUAUGGAAAACUUUUGGAAAAGAUACUCUGGUAGCAGAUUCGCGAAAUGAGAAGAGAUACAUCCAAUUUGCAGUAUUUGGAAUAUUUGUCCCAGCAAUCUACACCAGUUUGGGCUUCUUUAUGCAUCACAUGACCCCAGGCGGUUAUCUUUGUCAUCCAUCUUUUGAGACCAUAUCGGACCUCAUGCUCUACUUGGUGUAUCGUUACACUCCUAGCGGAGUUUUGAUUUUGCUGAACUUUUACCUCAUUUCUCGUACUCAAGGGGCACUUGAUAAGGUUAAGAGAGAGUGCAGAGUUGUCCGAAAACAGUGUUCGAAUCCAACUUCCAAACCAACAAAUAGAUUGAACCUUUAUUUGAAACUGCUCUGGAUUCUCUGCAUCUUGACACUCCUUCUGAAACCAUUUUCCAGAACAAUGAUGGCGUUUGGAGUACAUUUGGAACAAUAUGACGGCGGAUACACCAACAUGGCAUUGUACAUUCUAUCACGGACACAUAGUUGCAUUCUCCUAUUUGUUCUCCUUAAUCAUGCUCCCACCCGCGUUGGGCUGGAGAGGGUGGAGAGAAGCUUGUCGGAAUCAAUUCAGGAUGAAAAUGACAAUAUGAAAGGGAAACAAAAAAUGGCAAAUCCCAGCAGUAAAAAGGAUCACGGUUUUCUUGGCUACGUUGGAAUCAAGCUGAGAAUAAUUAUGACUCAAUUUCUGCUUCAACUUUGCUACCUCUGCAGCGGUCGACUUUGUUUUGUCUCCUGGAAGAGAAUUGUGAGAAAGAAGAAAGUCCUGAGUGAAGAACACUCGGAAAGCUCGAGCACGGCUUAAAAAAUCGAAACGGAGAAACCCAAGGAUAUAAAGUGGAGCAAGAUCAUAGUUUUCUGGACAUGAUUUUAAGAUAUGUAUUUGGAUAGAUGGGCACAUGAGGAUGGGAUGGCAAAUAUAUGUGUACAAAUUUUUACUCUUUUAAUAAAAAGUAAUUAUUCUCAGCGUAAAUA